AAUACUUCUUUACAUUGCUUUUAUUUUAAAGGCCACUGAAGAGCAAAUGUUUGCCGCUGGAAAAUUGAUGCGAGAUGUCUGUUUGCCAAAAUUUCCGAAAGUUUCCACAGAAGUAGCUGAUGGCAUCAAGCUGGGUAAUAUUCCCGACACCAAAGACGUAAAAUGUUAUAUUAACUGCGUUUUGGAAAUGAUGCAAACGAUGAAGAAAGGCAAAUUUCUCCUCGAAAGCUCAUUGAAACAGAUUGACCUGCUGAUGCCAGACGAUUACAAGGAUGAUUACCGCGCCGGUUUGCAAACCUGCAAAGACGCAGUCAAUGGUAUCAAGAACAAUUGUGAUGCAGCUUAUGCGCUGUUGAUUUGCAUACGCGGUGAGAUAAAGAGGUUCAUCUUCCCUUAGAUGUGGUACAUCGCGCAGCUGAUUGCAGUAUUCGUGAAUACAUACAGAUGCACUAACUAUGUGAUGUAUAGUAGAUAUAUGGCGUUAUUCAAUAAAAAAAACAAUACUUUAUGUUCAUAA